AUGAAGAGAACCAACUUCACAGAGGUAAGAGUGUUUGUUUUCCAAGGUUUCUCCAAUUUCCAAGAACAUCAGCUCACACUCUUCAUUGUCUUCUUUGUCCUAUACAUCCUGACUCUGACUGGCAAUUUCAUCAUUGUGACCAUUAUCCGCAUUGACCACCGCCUUCACACACCCAUGUAUUUCUUCUUAAGUGUUCUCUCUACUUCAGAGACUUUCUAUUCUCUGGUCAUCAUCCCACGUAUGCUUGGUAGCCUUGUGGGUCUGAGCCAAUCCAUCUCUCUGGAGUGCUGUGGGAUUCAGCUAUAUUUUUUCCUUGGAUUUGCAAUCACAAAUUGCCUCCUGCUAGCAGUCAUGGGUUAUGAUCGCUAUGUGGCCAUUUGCAACCCUCUUCGCUAUAACAUCGUCAUGAAUUGGAGGGUGUGUGUCAUUCUGGCAUCUUCAGUCUGUGUCACAGGGUUCUUGCUUGCUCUACUUCAGGCUGUGUCCAUAUUCAGGCUGCCAUUUUGCAAGACACUGAUUGAACAUUUCUUCUGUGAAGUCCGACAAAUUUUAGCUGUGGCCUGUACAGUGCCAGUCUUCAAUACCAUCUUGACAUUACUUCUCACCUUCAUGGUCAUCACAGCCCCUGCCACUUUUCUAUUUGUCUCCUAUGUCCUUAUUAUUUCCACCAUUCUCAAGAUUGCCUCAGCUGAAGGCCGGAAAAAAACUUUUGCCACAUGUGCCUCCCACCUCACUGUGGUCAUCAUCCACUAUGGCUGUACCUCUAUUGCCUACUUCAAGCCCAUGUCAGAGAACACUGGAGACCAGAAUCAGUUUAUCUCAGUGAGUUAUACUCUAAUAACACCUCUACUAAACCCUGUUGUAUAUACUUUGAGAAACAAAGAAGUUCAGGAUGCUCUGAAAAAAGUGUUGGGUAGAAAAUUCCUAUCAUAG